AUGUCUUCUCCUCGGAAACGGGAAGCACAAGAGUCUUCUGGGAAACAGCAAGAUAGGGAAGAUUGGGAAUCAUACGUCAACCUGGACGGCAGCGACUCUGCGGACGACUCGGACCAGAUGGCGGCAGUCGAAGAGCAAGAAAAGGCGCAGGUCUCCGCACCAGCUCCAUCGCCUAUCCAACGUCGUCCUACAAAGAAGCAAAGACGUGGAAAAAACAGUCCUGAGCCCGAUUACUCCGCAAUGGUGCAAGGGCAGAUGGCUGGUAUACAUCGAACUGGCCAGGCAUGCGACAGAUGUAAGCCUUUGUCGAGGCCAGUUUAUUGA